AUGGAAGAAGUAUCAUACAAAUUUCUUAGAGGUAAGAGUGUAGGAGUAAUUGGUUGUCCAUUCAGCGGUGGCCAGCCUAAAGAUGGUGUUGACGAAGGUCCAUUGAAAAUCAUUGAAUAUGGAUUGAUAGAACAACUUCAAGAGAUGGAUUGGGACGUGGAAUUUGAUGGUCAUCUUAAACUCACUGAUCUUAAACCGAAAGAUGAUCCAAAUAUAGGGAAAUUGAAACGACCUCGUUAUGUUUCACGAGUUACAGAAGCAGUCUCUAGGUCUGUUGAAAGGCAUCAUAGAAAAGGUCAAAUGGUAUUAACAUUAGGUGGUGAUCAUAGUCUCGCACUUGGCACUGUAUCCGGUACUUUAGCGGUUCAUCAUGAUGCAUGUCUGAUUUGGAUUGAUGCACACGCUGAUAUAAAUACACCCGAAUCUACCGAUUCAGGGAAUUUACAUGGGUGCCCAGUAUCUUUUCUAUUAGGGAUAGCAGGGAAAAUGGAGGGUUUUGAGUGGAUUAAACCAAGACUUACGCCAGACAGAUUAGUUUAUAUUGGACUUCGAGAUAUUGAUCAACCAGAAAAAAAGAUUUUAAAGCAACACGAUCCAACUGUUGCGCCUAGUACAGGUACACCUGUUCGUGGCGGUUUGACCUUUAGAGAAGGUCAUUACAUAUGCGAAGCAAUUCAUGAAACAGGACUUUUAGUUGCCGUAGAUUUAAUGGAAGAAGAAGGCGAAUCAAGUGCUUCGGCAUUCAAUCAUCUAAACAACAAUAAUAGCCAUAAUAAUAACGAUGAAGCUUUUUUUGAUAACGAGUUAACUUUAACACCUGACCAAUUAUUUAAAAUCAAAAAUAAUCUAAAUUACAAUCGUUGCAUAGAUCCAAAUACUAACAAUUACGUCAAUAUAAAAAAACCAUCAAUACCAAAACCUAAAAAUUGUAUCGAAUAUUUAAAAUGGUCAAUUUUUUUAGAUCAUUUGUUAAUACCGAUUUAUCAUGAUAUUGCUUUAAAACUGACUUGGCCAAUGACAAAAAAAGUUUUAAAAGCUGCUGUUGCUUAUUGGCUUGCUUUUCUUAUAGUUCUUACCGUGCCUGUCAUGAAAACAAUUGGGACGGGAACUUUUUUGGCGAUUGUGAUGGUUUGUUAUUUUCAACCAUCAGGAACUUUUGGUUCUUUGGUUGAGAGUGCAGGCUGGGGAAUAAUAGGUGCAUGCAUAGCUACUUUAUGGUCUUACGUUGGAAUCAAAAUAUCAGAUGCAAUUCGUGGCGAUGAAAUAUUUAAUAUAGGUUCGGCAAUAAUUAGUUUGUUGUUCUUGGCUAUUGGUACCUUCAUCCUUUCAUAUGAUAAGAUUAAAUGGCCCCCUAUGAGAUAUGGCUCCAUCAAUGCUUGUAUCAUAAUGACAUUUUCUUUAACUCAAUCAUACAUAAGACCCCAAGAUACCAAUAGUAUAUUGAAAACUCUGGUGAUACCAAUGCUUAUUGGUCCUGCAUGUUCAUUGAUUGUCAAUAUAUCAUUAUGGCCAGAAAAUGCUACAACGAAUUAUAUACCAUAUUUACAUGCCACGUUACAAAGCUUCAUACAUCUAUUGGAACAUGAAACUCAUUUUUUUUUAUGCGACCCAUACAAUCGUAACACAAUUGCUAUGUUUCAUCGUCAAGCACAAGAUAAUUUAUUGAAUUUGGACACAGCUAAACGUGAAGCUCAACAUGAAAUAAGUUUUUCAAAAAUUGGUCCACAGGAUUUAAUUGAGAUUAAUAGGUUGGUGAAAUCUAUGCACAUGACUUUAGGUGGCUUGGCGUUAAGUGGAGUGAUUGAGGAGGAAUUGAUGAAAGAUGGUCAAGAGGCACCAACUAGCUCAGCAAACACCACGGGAAGUGAAGAAGAUUUAGAUAAAUUAUUAGAUAUUUUCAAACAAAUUUGUAGUGAGCUAUCUGAAACAUGUCAAUUGUGUCUAGCAGAUUGCGUAUCUCGUGUUGAUCAUCUGCGACAUAAUUGUAGUUCACCAUGGUAUUAUAGAUGGUUGCCAUUCGGCAACAAUUCUGCCAUUUCCCAUAAAACUAGUCCAUUGAAUAAUCCACUGGAGUAUCUACAGUCGGCCAUUAGAAAUUAUCAGCAGGCUCGUCGUAUAUAUCUGGAUCGUUUAUUUAACGAAACACCAACAAUAAGUCCGUCACCACAACGUGUGUUAUUACUAUUGAUGUUCUUUGAAAAUGAUUUAAUGGUCUUUGCUGAAAGUUUAGGUUCUCUGGUUGGCCUUAUAAAAGUAUUGGAAACUUCUCGACAUUUCAAAAAACUUUGGAUGCCACCAAUUCCUUUACUAAAACGAAUGCAUAAUGUUGGUGAGAUUAAUGAGGAUGGUUGGAGAGUCUUUGAAACACAAAGUAGACGUGAACAAGAAGAAGAAUUGGGGAUGGAAUUUUAUGAUCCGGAUGUUACUCUUCCAACCACAAAAAUACAAAAAUUAUGGUAUAAUUUAUGGCAAAUAAGAAAUUGGUUUGAUAGUAAAUAUGCUAGAUAUGCUUUUAAAAAUACAAUUGUGGUGACAGCUUUAGGCAUACCCGCUUUUUUACCUUAUUCGUAUGAAUGGUUUGAUAAUUAUCGUGGUCAGUGGGCAAUAAUAAGUGCAGUGUUAUCAUUUUCACCAACAACAGGUGGUGCAGUAUUGCAAUUAGUUGGAAGAUUAUUAGGAUCAGUUGUCGGUGCUAGCAUGGCAAUAAUAGCUUGGAUGAUUACAGGCGGAAACACUUAUGGAUUGGCCACUGUAUUAUUUUUAUUCUCUUUAUUACUUUGGUUUGUAUAUUUAAAUGCUAAAGUUUGGACCGUUGGUGGUGUGAUAAUGUUGGUAAACUUUGCAUUAGUGUUGGCUAAUGCUUAUCAGGCUAGUAUGGGUGUUGGAUUGCAUGAUGAUGUUUUAGUUGUUGCUAAAAAGCGUACAUCUGCAGUAAUUGUUGGUAUAACAGCUGCAUUUAUUAUGACAAUGUUCCCAUGGCCACACGCAGGAAGAGUAGAAGUGAGACAUCGAUUAGCACACACAAUAGCCGACAUAGGAGUACUUUAUUCAAUGACUGUCUCAUCGCUGUUAAAAGAAACCAAAUCCAAUUCACUAAACACAACCAAACCAUUUCGUAAGUUGGUUUCACGAAUCAAUCGAUCAAUCGGCAUUACACGAUUAUUAUUGUCAAGAACAGUUUACGAACCACCAUUACGUGGAAAUUAUCCCGAGGAAAAAUAUAAAAGGAUGAUCGAUAUAGUUGAAAACAUGUUGAAUUUAGUUUGUGGAAUUGAAUACGAAUUGUUGAGUUUGAAUGGAACAGAGUGGAAAACAGACUUGGCUGAUGUUUUAUCACCAGCAAAAUGUCACUACAUCACACACAUCUUGACCGCAUUUCAUAUCUUGGGGACAGCUUUAGAAAAUCGUGUUAGUCUACCACCUUAUAAUAUUGUGGCAUCGGGUGAUGCGAAAUUUGGAUUGGCUGGAAAAAUAAGUUCUAAGAUCAGUAGAACUGCGUCCGGAUUAUCAAAACAUAACUUUGAAACGCCGGCUUAUGCAUGUUAUUGUGCUUAUUUGAUAAAGUCUAGUCAUCUAAUUAAUGAGUUGAUGAAGUUGGUUGGUGUCGUCAAAAGUUUAGUUGGUGUUAAUAGAUAUGUUAAAGAGUUGGUUGAUUUUUAG